CACUCCUACUCUACGCCUCUGACUUCAGAUCCGACUCUGACUUCACAGAGAUCCGGAUUGAUCAUCUGGUCAUCUAAUCGCCGCCGCAACUGCAUCAGGUGGCAUUCCUGAACCUUCUCUUCUCUUCUUGACUUCUUCCCCUCCCUUCUCGUCCCCGGCGUCCAUGUUUCCUCUUCCCCAGAUCUGACCUAUUCCAUGUCUCCCCCCACACAAUCGAGCCCAUUCGACAUCACGAUGGUUCGAUUUUUACCGCCGUCGCCGACCAUGGCCGCCACGCCGGAGGAGUUGCUGGGUCAGGAAGACUUCCUAGCUGUCGCUGACCGCGAGCCUUUCUCCCCCUCCGUCUUCAUCGACCUCCCACCGACGCCGCGCCCCGACGGCGGCCCCGAUGGCGAGGAUCUGGCCUCGUCGGACGACCUCGUUCUCCCCUUCAUCUCGCGCAUGCUCAUGGAGGACAUCGACGACAAGUUCUUCUACCAGUACCCCGACCACCCCGCGCUCCUCACCGCCCAGGAGCCCUUCGCCAAGAUCCUCUCCGACGCCACCACCACCUCCUCCGGCUCCGAUUCCGCCACCACCAACUCGGACGGAAGCGGCACCUUCACCCUCUCGCCGUCCUCCUCCGACGCCCCCGCAUUCGCCAACGCCACCUGGCCCUACGAUCCAGCCGAGCUCUCCCAGCUGCUCCAGUCCACGCCAUACCCGGACAUGGGAGUCGAACUCGACGUCUUCACAGUCGGUGAUGCCAACGCCUUCUUCUUGCCCGCACAAGACGUCGCCAGCGCGGGAGUCCAGCAGAGGCUGGCGCAGUUAGGGAACCCCGGUGACGCCACCGCGUUCGUUGCCGGUUACUACGACGGUAGCACCGGCGUCCAGAGUUCGGGGUUCUGUGGCGCGGAGGAGGAUACAAAGACAAGGAUCACCACCUUGCCUGCUGGCGACAAGGACCACUUCGCGCUGGCCUCGGCCUUCUUCAGUGGCGAGAAUGGGGACAUGCUCAACCUGGCAUUCCUCAAGGGCAUGGAGGAGGCCAAGAAGUUCUUGCCCACUAACAACAGCCUCUUCAUCGACCUUGAGGACACCUACGGGGAGCACCUGCUCAGAAACAGCAAGCUGUCGCGUGGCUUUGCUACCGGCCAAGUGAAGAAGGAUGGAAUGCCAAUGUUCCAGGUAAGUGGUAAUGGCAGGGGCGGCAAGAACCAGCAUAGUGGGGAUGACUUGGAGGCGGAGGCAGGCAGGAACAGCAAGGUAAUGGUGCCCGAGCCGGAGGAAGCUGACGAGAUGGUGGACAAAAUGAUCAUCGAUGGGUACGCCAUGUGUCUCGACAAAAUGAAGGGCCUGUGCAUCACUAUGAGCAGCGAGGCUGAGAAGAACGUGAGGAAGUCGGGGCAGGGAAGGUGGAGCACCAAUGAGGUGGAUUUGCACACCUUGCUCAUCAACUGUGCACAGACUGUGGCCACAGGCGACCGACGGAGUGCGAUCGAACUGCUUAGGCAGAUCAAGCAGCACUCCUCGCCAAGAGGAGACGGCACACAAAGGAUGGCUCAUUAUUUCGCCGAGGGGCUGGAGGCGCGGCUGGCAGGCACGGGGAGCAAGAUGCACAAGUCGCUCGUGACAAAGCGCACCUCGGUCAUGGAGUUUCUGAAAGCCUACCUGGCAGCUUGUUGCUUCAAAAUGACGGCGUACAGGUUCUCCAACAUGACCAUCAGCAAGGUGAUUGCUGGGAGGAAAAAAGUGCACAUUGUGGAUUAUGGCAUCAGUUACGGGUUUCAGUGGCCACGUUUGCUGGAAUUUUUCGCUACUAGGGAGGGCGGACCGCCGGAGGUGAGGAUCACCGGCAUUGAUCUCCCUCAGCCUGGGUUCCGCCCAGCUGCUCGGAUUGAGGAGACAGGUCGCCGACUCAGCAACUGCGCCCGUCAAGUCGGCGUGCCAUUCAAGUUCCACAGCAUCGCAGCGGAGUUGGAUACUGUUCAUGUAGAUGAUCUCAACAUUGACCCCGAUGAGGUACUCAUCGUCAAUAGUAUCAUCCAGUUUGGAAGCUUGAUGGACGAGGGCGUCGACAUAUAUAGCCCAAGCCCUAGGGACGUGGUCCUCGGCAACAUCCGGAGGAUGCGGCCAGAUGCUUUCAUCCUCUGCAUCAUGAAUGGCUCAUAUAGCACGCCAUUCUUCGUAACACGGUUCCGGGAGGCACUGCUCUAUUACUCGGCAAUGUUUGACAUGCUGGAUGCCACAUCCCCACGGGAUAGUGAGCAGCGCUUGCUGCUUGAGCGUGACAUCAUUGGGCGGUCUGUUCUGAACGUCAUCGCCUGCGAGGGCUCCCACAGGGUAGAGCGCCCCGAGACAUAUAAGAGAUGGCAGGUGCGGAACCAACGGGCAGGACUGAGGCAGCUGCCAUUGGAUCCCGAUAUUGUUAUGGCCGUGAGGGAGAAGGCCAAGAGCAGCUACCCCAAGGACUUCACCAUUGAUUUGGAUCUCCGGUGGCUCUUGGAAGGGUGGAAGGGGCGCAUCCUCUAUGCCAUGUCGACAUGGGUUGCAGAUGAUGCUAUCUCAUAAUUGCGCAGCGUACAUGCAGAAUACACACAGGUCGAGUGUGCGCUCCUAACUGAGCAACUAAACAGGCUCUGACGUGCGUGUCAGCACCACGGACCAAGCAUGCUCCCACCUACCGACCCCGCUAGCUCACUGGAGAUUGGGCAACGAUUGCAACCAGUUGCAACUUUGUACAUAGAGGAGUUACAACUAUAAGAAUGUUGUAACUA